UGGUUAGUUUUAGAUGAUCCGAUGGAAGAAGAUUCUUUGCUGACGAAUGAUGUCGAUGAUACGGAAAUUGUAGAGGGAAUAGACGACGAACAAGAGGAAUACGGUGGUGUGAUUUCAGAUAAGGCAAAAAAGAGUAAGAAAAGCCGAUCGCGCAAGUCGAAAAGCGGGUCCAGGAAAAGGAUGGAGUAUCCAGACCCUGCCAUCACGUCAUCGGCAGAGAUGUGUGCCGCUUUGGACGUACAGGAUGUCACUAUAGAGUAUACUGAGGAGGAUUACAAUACAAUCACCAAUUUAAAGAGUUUCAUCCAUCGAGUACGACCAACAAUCCUGGAGGCAAAUCCGAAAUGUAAUGCAACUAAAGUCUAUCCACUAAUUCAAGUGAAAUAUCGCGAAUUUCAUGAGGAGCUUACAGCACAAGGUCGUUCUCAAGCUGUGAAAAAGCCAGUUCCAUCUGAGCAGGACAAGCUCGUAGCACCGAUUAAAAUUCGAAUCUCUGCACGAAAGAAGCGAAAGAACGACUCAGAUGAGGAAGGUGCUGUUGAUAGUGACCAAGAAUUCGAGUCCCUCUUAAAACAACACGAGCAUCAGCUAGACGAGGAGGACAAAGAGAAAGAGGAAAGGAAAGCUAGUCGAAGAGCGCUCUUGAGAAAGCACAAGCAUCAAGGAAAGUUAAACUAUUGCGAAGUAUGCAGACAAGGUGGAGAGAUAAUUCUGUGUGACACAUGCCCUCGUGCUUACCAUACUGUAUGUGUUGACCCCGAAAUGGAACAACCUCCAGAGGGUGAUUGGAGUUGUCCAUAUUGCGAAGAGCAUGGCCCACAGGUGAUUCAAAAAGAAGAGGAGCCGGUGAAGGUUAAUAUGGAGUACUGCAGAGUGUGUAAGGGUGCGGGAUCAUUACUUUGUUGCGAUAAUUGUCCGAGCUCUUUCCAUGCAUAUUGCAUCAAUCCUCCUUUAAAUGAGGUACCUGAGAACGAAUGGCUUUGUCCCAGAUGUACCAUUCCUGAACCAAAACAACGCCCGGAAAAGAUAUUAUGCUGGAGAUGGAUUGAAGUACCAUAUCCUGAUCCAGUUGAUGUGAAAAGCAGCGAAGACCAGACUAGUGAAACUAUUCUUCUUCGUCCACUUCGCAAAAUGGAACCUCGUCGUGAAAGAGAGUUCUUUAUCAAGUGGAGGUAUAUGUCGUAUUGGCACUGUGAAUGGGUCAGCGAGAUGCUUAUGGAUGUUUACUUCGCAGCGGUAACUUUCAUGCUGUUACUCAAGCUGGAUCGCCUAAAUGGUCUCCUUAGUGUUUGGGUUUUAGUUAUUGCGCAUGUACUGGCGGAAACGAAGAACCCACAUGGUGUGGAAGUGAACGCGUUAGCCCCAGGAAAGGGUAGUAACACCUGCGGUCCGGAGUUUUGUAAACAUCUCAGCAUCAUUUUAAAAUUAUUCGCUGAUUGUUUUUUUAGAGAAAAGAUGCUUGGUGAGCCGAUUCCAAAACAUAUAGCGAAGAAAAUCGCCGCGCAACGGGAGAAGAAGGGCCUGCCACCGCUCGAGAGCACAGAUGAACCGUUGAAAUUACGAUACACAGUUACUGUUCAACCGGACUUCAUCACAGAGACCGGUGGAUCUCUUCAUCCUUAUCAGCUCGAAGGUAUCAAUUGGCUACGACAUUGCUGGUCAAAUGGCACGGAUGCUAUUCUUGCUGAUGAAAUGGGUCUUGGAAAAACCGUGCAGUCGCUUACCUUUCUCUAUACCCUUAUGAAGGAGGGUCAUUCUAAGGGACCAUUUCUGAUUGCGGCUCCUCUUUCGACCAUCAUCAAUUGGGAGCGUGAGGCGGAGCAGUGGUGUCCAGACUUUUAUGUCGUUACUUACGUAGGAGAUCGUGAUUCCAGAAUGGUUAUCCGUGAACAUGAGUUUUCAUUCGUCGAAGGAGCUGUAAAGGGUGGUCCGAAGGCGUCACGAAUCCGUUCACAAGAGAAUAUGAAGUUCCAUGUCCUUCUUACUUCUUAUGAGUGCAUAAACAUGGACAAAUUAAUUAACGCUGGUUCAGGCGAUCUUGAAUUGUUUCAUUUACUCAAUUUUCUGGCUCCAGAUCGUUUCUUUGACCUGGAGUCGUUCACGCUUGAAUUUGCUGAAAUUUCGAAGGAAGAUCAAAUCCAGAAGUUGCAUUCACUUUUGGGGCCACAUAUGUUGCGCCGUCUGAAGGCUGAUGUUCUCACGGGAAUGCCAUCAAAGAGCGAGCUGAUCGUUCGAGUUGAGCUAAGUCCUUUGCAAAAAAAGUAUUACAAGAAUAUCCUAACACGGAAUUUUGACGCUCUUAAUGUCAAGAAUGGCGGAUCGCAAAUGUCGUUGAUCAAUAUCAUCAUGGAGCUUAAGAAAUGUUGUAAUCAUCCAUAUUUAUUCGCCAAGGCCAGUUUGGAAGCACCAAAGCUCAAGAAUGGAAUGUAUGAGGGAACUCAACUGAUAAAAAGUGCUGGUAAAUUUGUGCUUCUGCAGAAAAUGAUGAGGAAGUUGAAAGAGGACGGCCAUCGGGUUUUGAUAUUCUCACAAAUGACCAUGAUGUUGGAUAUUCUUGAAGAUUUUUGCGAGGUUGAGUCGUACAAAUACGAACGUAUUGAUGGUUCCAUCACAGGGCAAGCAAGACAAGAUGCUAUUGAUAGAUUUAAUGCCCCGGGUGCUCAACAGUUUGUAUUUCUUUUGUCAACUCGUGCUGGCGGACUGGGGAUAAACCUUGCAACAGCAGACACCGUUAUCAUUUAUGACUCAGAUUGGAAUCCACAUAAUGACAUCCAGGCGUUCUCUCGCGCUCAUCGUAUAGGGCAGCAGAAUAAAGUUAUGAUCUAUCGCUUUGUAACGAGAAAUUCUGUGGAAGAACGGAUAACGUCCGUUGCGAAAAAGAAAAUGUUACUGACACAUUUAGUUGUCAGGGCUGGACUCGGUCAAAAAGGGCCAAGUAUGAGUAAAUCAGAACUUGACGAUGUCCUUCGGUGGGGGACGGAGGAGUUGUUCAAAGAUGAUGAACCAACAGGUGAAGCAACCGAGGGAGAAGGUAAGAAGGCCAAUGAGAAUGAGAUCGUAUGGGACGAUGCCGCUGUAGAUGCUCUUCUUGAUAGAUGUAGAGACAGUGAUCUAAAGAAGAAAGAACAUUGGACUAACGAGUAUCUCAGCUCAUUUAAAGUUGCCACAUAUACCACAAGAGAAACCGAUGACAAAGACGAAGAAGAGGAAGAAGAGAUGGAGGUUAUCAAAGAGAAUGACAAAGAACCUGAUCCUGAUUACUGGGAAAAGUUGCUGCGGCAUCAUUAUGAACAAGAUCAGGAGAUGGAGGCACAGAAACUCGGUAAAGGGAAACGACUUCGUAAACAGGUCAACUAUGCGAGUGAGAAUAUGGGGCAAGAUUGGCAGAAUCGUGGAGGAGAAAAAGCCUCUGGUGAGCACUCAGAUGACGAUUUUGAGGAGAAGAAGAAAAAACGUGAACGAGAUUCGGAGAAACUUCCCCCGCUUCUUGCUAAGGUCAAUGGUCAGCUUGAAGUACUUGGCUUUAAUCCUCGACAACGUCGCGCGUUCUACAAUGCUGUAAUGCGCUGGGGAAUGCCUCCACAAGACGCCUAUCAGUCCCAGUGGCUUACUCGCGAUCUAAAGGGAAAGUCCGAGCGUGCUUUUAAGACGUAUACAUCCUUGUUUAUGAGACAUCUUUGCGAACCAGGAGCAGACACUCAGGAGACGUUUAACGAUGGUGUUCCUAGAGAGGGCCUUAAUAGACAGCAUGUACUUACACGUAUCGGAAUUAUGAGUCUAAUCCGUAAAAAAGUUCAGGAAUUUGAGCAAGCCAAUGGUGAAUGGUCGAUGCCUGAGAUGCGCACAAAAGUAUUAGAAGCUACAGACGCCGAAAAUGCAUCUUCGACUGCACUUGAUUCAAAAGAAGAAUCUAAUGCAACGUCCACUGUUGAGGAAGAGAACGAGGAGCCCAAAAGGACCGAACGGCCAACAUUUAAAUUUAACCUGGCUGAUGGUGGUUUCACAGAAUUGCAUACCUUAUGGUUAAAUGAAGAAAAAGCGGCUGUUCCUGGUAAUGAAUAUGAGAUUUGGCAUCGACGCCAUGACUAUUGGCUGCUAGCUGGAAUCGUGUACGGUUAUGGUCGAUAUCAGGAUAUCCAAAUGGAUCCACGUUUCGCCAUCAUCAAUGAACCUUUCCGUCAAGAGCAAGGAAAAGGGAACUUCCUUGAAAUCAAGAAUAAGUUCCUCCAAAGGCGUUAUAAGUUAUUGGAGCAAGCACUGGUAAUAGAAGAGCAGCUUCGACGUGCUGCUUACAUGAAUCUGCAAAACAGUACUACCGAUGGAACUGCUCAAUUAGCGCAACGUUUCGCUGAUAUCGAAAACGUAGCCGAUUCACAUGCGAAUGUUGCAAAAGAUUCUGCAGCAGGCAACCGUAAUGCAAAUGCAGUUCUGCACAAGGUUCUUAAUCAAUUGGAAGAAUUGCUAUCGGACAUGAAGGCAGAUGUCUCUCGGCUGCCGGCAACCCUUUCACAACUUCGUCCCGUUACGCACAGAUUAGCUAUGACCGAAAGACAAAUUCUUUCACGUCUAACUUCGAAAGAUCCUGAUGCUUUGGCAGGUCGCUCACCUUUACCUCCCCCUGGGCCAUUCGUCACUCCUACUUUAGGGCAGCAGUUAUCAGGAAUACAACCGAAAUUCGCUGCGUUGCAUCAGCCUGGGAAGGUGAAAUCCCCACCCAUUGAAGCUGGAGAGUUUUCGUCAAAACGAGCAAUGGAAGAGGAAACACCAAUGGAUCUCUCGGCACCACCAACCGCAGAAAAGGCCGAAUAA